AUGGAAAAUGACACAAAUUUUGAAGUAGAACUUUUGCCUUGGUAUCACCCAACAUUGAGUAGACAUACAGCAGAAAGUAUGCUGAUGCAAAAUGGAAUGGAUGGAACUUACCUUCUGAGGCCAAGUUCAAAAGGUAGUGGAGAGUAUGCCCUGUCGGUCAAGUGUGAGCAGGCAGUGAAACAUUUCAACAUUGUAUGGACAGGAUCUGAAAUCAAAUUUGGCCAGUGUACUUUUCAAACAGCUUCGGAUUUUGUUGAGCAUUUCAAGAAUAAACCGCUUCUGUGUGGGGAAUCAGGUCAAGUGGUUCUCUUGAAGAUUCCUUACCCACGAGACAUCAGUGAGCCAGAUAUGUAUGAGUCUGUUACUUUACAUGCUGAAUUUAGCACGGCAGAAGAUUCUCGUAUUAUAAACACUGAUUUUUCCCUCAACUCCAAGGAAGGCUUCCUUACAAAGAUGGGCCGCCAUUUCAAAACCUGGCGAACAAGAUGGUUUGUUCUUCAACGAAACGAGCUAAAGUAUUUCAAGCAGAAAUUCAGCAAAAAUCCUAUUCGUGUUUUGGAUUUAAAUGAAUGUAAAGAAUGUUGCCAGGAUUUCACUCAGAAAGACAAAAGCUGUGUAAUUAAAUUAGAUAUGGGCUGGCGCGUCUUUCUGUUGUACUCCGUGUCAGAACAGGAUAUGGAUGACUGGAUCAAGCGUAUAAAUUGGCGACUGAGAGCAAAUCGCACACGUGGCAGCAUUAAUUCUGGAAACUCAGGAAACUCAUGA